CUCUUGAUCCUGAAGGAUAAGUAUUCGACCUUAGAAGCAAGACCAAGUUACAUACAUCAGCAUGGGGACGCCACUGUCAUCUUCCAACCAAGUCCAAUCUCACGCCGCUCACCGGCUUCUCUCCCGCGCCCAUUCCCCAGACACAGCGGAGCAGCUAUUCGCCGAGAAGGUGAAAACCAAACCCCUUUAUCUGCGACCUACCUCACCUACUCCAGCGGAUAACCGGGAACGGAGACGUCUACAUCGUCUACGGAAGAAAGGGUACUUUCUACGCAGGCAGAAACCCAAACCGCUUACGGCGCGAGAGAAGAGAGCCCUCGGUGUCCAUGAUCUACCAAAAGAAGAAAUCAAAUACGACAUCUUUAAAAAAUUGAAUGACUUAUGGGUGGAAUACAUGUGGGAGAUUCUGGAUUUGAAGAAACCCACGAAUAAAGGCGCGAAUACGGGACAGAUUAUCACUGCUUUGGCACACGGCGCCAAGCUAGCAAGUGCGGAUUUUCAUGGUGCAGAGCUUCAAGUCGUUAGGAGUCGCUGCGUUAGUCGGGUUGGCAUCAGAGGCAUCGUGGUUCGGGAUUCGAAAUUCGCAUUUGUGCUUGUCACGGAAAAAAAUGAAAUGAAGACAAUACCAAAGGAGCAUACGGUCUUCAGGUUCAAAAUUCCAGUACCUACCGGACCGUCUGCAGAGGAUGAACAAUCUCAGGCACCCGAGACUCUAAAAGAUUUAGUAUUCGAGCUUCAUGGAAGUCAGUUCGAGAAUCGCCCUGCGGACCGAGCAAAUAAGAAGUUCAAAUGGAAGAACCUCAAUUAUCUAUGAAAGACCUUUCUGAAAAAAUUUGGGUUGAUAAUGCAUUGUGGCGACCUGCCCCGGGAAUUGAUUGGUCUAUAUUACGUCUCCUGUUGGGUUCCACUAUGGG